AUGCCUUCCGCCGAGCCCAUUCCUGAUGCCCAAAUCCCUAGUCCGCCACCAGACCUCUCCAACAAGCUUCCUAAACUCGUGCCUCGACGCAAGCAAGACAAGUCAAAUGAGCCUCCAUUAAAUCCUCCACCACCGACUCCUGCCCUUCCUGCGCCGCCAAACAAGAAAGACGUCAACUUCCAACACCCCACACGUCGUAUUCUGUCCAAGGAAGAUCAUGACCUGUUCCUGAAUUCACCCGCAUAUGACUUGAUUACCGCCUUUGUCUUUGGUCUUUCCGACUCUGUUCGUCAAACAACCGUCACUUCUGUCCAAAAGGCCCAAAGAAUCCCUAUCAUCGAUACAAUUACAGGCAUAUUAGAAGAGGCAGAGCAAACAGUUGCAGAAUGCCCUGCCGAAGAUGCUGGUGGCUCUCGCUUCGGUAACAAGGCUUUCAUCACAUACCUUGACAAGAUCGAGACACUUCUCAAAUCAUGGCACGACAAGCUUGGUAUAACAGAUGCCGCCGCUCGAGAUGAAGUAUCGACAUACAUCUUCCACUCCUUUGGCAACAAGACUCGAAUCGACUACGGCUCUGGUCACGAGCUCAACUUCCUCAUCUGGUUGCUGUGCUUGAAUCGCCUAGACCUCCUCCCCCAGUCCUCCUUCCAACAAAUCGCCCUCAUAGUCUUCCCUCGCUACCUUCGCGUCAUGCGUGUCGUUCAAUCUACAUACUAUCUCGAACCCGCCGGUUCACAUGGCGUCUGGGGUCUCGACGACUACCAAUUCGCCCCCUUCCUCUUCGGCAGCGCCCAGCUCGUCCACCACCCUCACAUCCGUCCCAUGUCAAUUCACAAACCCCUCAUCCUCGAAGAGUGCUCCAAAGACUACCUCUACCUCGAACAAGUCACCUACGUCAACAGCGUCAAAAACGUCGACGGCCUCCGCUGGCAUUCCCCCAUGCUCGACGACAUUAGCAGCGCAAAGAACUGGGAAAAAGUUGAAGCAGGCAUGAAAAAAAUGUUUGUCGCUGAAGUCCUGGGAAAGCUUCCUGUCAUGCAGCAUUUCUUGUUUGGAGGUCUCGUACCUGCUGUUGACGGUAUGAGUACAGAGGACGAGACACAUGUUGCUGGCGAAAUGGAAGAGACUGAAGGUGGACAAGGUCAGGUUGCCCCCAAUGGCGGUAUGAAGCACGUUCAUGACCAUAGCGGCAAGACUUGGGAUGAUUGCUGUGGUAUCAAGGUCCCUUCUGCUAUUGGUGCCAUGCAAGAGAUGAAGAAGCGCCAAGGUGGUGAGACUUUGAGGAGAUUGCCCUUUGAUUAG